ACUGAGGCGCUCCUUGACUCAGGAGCAUAUUCUUGUUACAUCAACCCACAGCUGGUUGAUCAGUUGAAUCUUGCUACGAUCUCACUUGAGAAGGAGAUCAGGGUUUAUAAUGCAGAUGCAUCUCAUAACAAGGGUGGAACCACUAAGAAAAGGGUUCUUCUAAACAUUAUACUAGGCAUGACUUUCCUCAAGGAGCACAACCCCGAAGUAGAUUAG